GUCUUGCCUUUUAAGUGACACCGAAGUCCUGAAUAUUUCACCCACCAUUACCACCACCUCCUCCUCCCACCACCACUCCCCCAUCUCCUCCGUCUCUCUCUCUCCCUCUCCCCUCCAGAGAACCCUAAUUUGGGAUCUCCAUUGCUGUAUCUCGAAUAGCACGGCCAUCUCUAGCGUCGUCCACUUCUGCCAUAUUCUCCGAGAACAGCUCUUGGAGCUGCAUUUCACUCGUCUGAGAUGGACCGACGGAGUUGGCCGUGGAAGAAAAAAGCAUCUGACAAGGCAGCUGCUGAAAAGGUGGUUGCUGCUCUGUCUGAUCAGGAAAACUACAAAAAACCGAACUAUGUUCAAAUUUCUGUGGAGUCAUAUACACAUCUGAAUAGUUUGGAGGAUCAAGUGAAGACAUAUGAGGAACAAGUGGAGAAACUGGAGGAUCAGAUCAAGGAAUUGAACAAAAAAUUGUCAGCAGCUCAUUCAGAGAUGACUACCAAGGAAAACUUGGUAAAGCAGCAUGCCAAAGUUGCUGAAGAAGCUGUCUCAGGUUGGGAAAAGGCUGAAGCAGAAGCUUUAGCAUUGAAGAAUCAUCUAGAAUCUGUCACACUUGCCAAACUCACUGCUGAAGAUAGGGCAUCGCAUUUAGAUGGUGCCCUUAAAGAGUGCAUGCGACAGAUACGAAAUUUGAAGGAAGAACAUGAACAGAAAUUGCAAGAAGUGGUUCUUACUAGAACCAAGCAGUGGGACAAAAUUAAGCAUGAGUUUGAAGUUAAGAUAGCUAACUUAGACCAGGACCUCCGGAAGUCUGCUUCUGACAAUGCGGCUGUUUCAAGAUCUUUGCAGGAACGUUCAAACAUGCUAAUCAAGAUAAAUGAAGAAAAGUCACAAGCCGAGGCUGACAUUGAGCUUUUGAAGAGCGAUGUUGAAUCAUGUCAAAGGGAAAUAAGUUCUCUUAAAUAUGAACUGCACGUUGUUUCCAAAGAGCUGGAAAUUCGGAAUGAAGAAAAGAACAUGAGCAUGAGGUCUGCAGAAGUAGCAAACAAGCAGCAUAUGGAGGGUGUUAAAAAAAUAGUUAAGCUUGAAGCAGAAUGCCAAAGAUUACGUGGUCUUGUGAGGAAGAAGUUGCCCGGUCCAGCUGCGCUGGCCCAAAUGAGGCUAGAGGUUGAGAAUUUAGGCCGAGAUUAUGGAGAAACUCGACUGAGGGGGUCUCCUGUUAAGCCUUCUACUCCACACCUCUCUCCAGUGCCUGAGUUUUCCCUUAGCAAUGCACAAAAGUUCCAUAAAGAGAAUGAGUUUCUCACUGAACGGCUAUUGGCAGUGGAAGAAGAAACAAAGAUGCUCAAAGAAGCCUUGGCAAAGCGUAACAGUGAAUUGCAGGCUUCAAGGAAUUUGUGUGCUAAGACAGCUAGCAAGGUUCAAAGUUUAGAAGCACAAAUACAAGGCUGCAAUCAACAGAAAAGUUUGACAAAAUCUAUCAUUCAUAUGACUGCUGAAGGUUCUUCAAGUCAAAAUGCAAGCAAUCCACCGAGCUUGACCUCCAUGUCUGAAGAUGGAAAUGAUGACGAGAGAAGUUGCGCUGAGUCUUGGUCUACAUCAUUGAUUUCUGAGCUCUCCCAAUUGAAGAAAGAAAAGAACAAUGGGAAAUCUAACAGGGUUGAAAAUUCAAAUCACUUGGAGCUUAUGGAUGAUUUUCUAGAGAUGGAGAAGUUAGCUUGUCUAUCAAAUAAUUCAAAUGGUGCUAGCUCCAUCAGGAACUUGUCAAAUGAUCAGAUACCUGAAAUUCUAAACCAUGAUGCAUCAGAAGUGAAUGCUGAGAAAAAUCUCCAGUCUGAACAGCACCAUGACUUAAAUGCAUUAGAAAAUCCGGUAUGCUCUAGCAUGGAAUUGUCAGUAUCGAAUCACGGCUCCCGUGUAGACCAGCUAUCAUUGACGAAGCUCCGAUCAAAACUUUCAAUGGUAUUUGAAUCUGUGCCCAAGGAUGCUGAUAUGGGGAAAAUUUUGGAGGAUAUUAAGCAUGUUCUACUUGAAGCACAUGAUUCUCUGUGUCAGCACCCUGUGACUUGUGUUUCCAAGGAAGUUCACUGUUCUGAUGCUGCAUCUGAAAGGAAGUCUGAUCUGGAACAUGGUGUGCAAACUGCAGAUAUGGAAACUUCUUUAUUACAGCCAGCUAUAGAAACUGUGAAUAUGAUAAGCCAAGAUUUUGCUGCUGCCAUUUCACAGAUUCACGACUUCAUAUUGUUUUUGGGCAAAGUGGCAAUGGGAGUCCAUGAUUCAUCCCCUGAUGACAGUGGAUUGAGUAAAAAAAUUGAGUUAUUCUCUGUGACCUCUAACAAAGUCAUUUGCAGUAAUACUACUUUGGCUGAUUAUAUAAUUGACCUUUCUCAUGUUUUAGCUAAAGCCAGUGAACUCAGGUUCAACGUCCUGGGCUACAAGGAUGCUGAUGCAGAAAUUAGCAGUCCUGAUUGCAUAGACAAGGUCGCUUUACCUGAGAAUAGAGAACUUCAAAAGGAUUUAUCAGGGGAAAGAUAUCACAGUGGUUGUGACCACAUUUCUAAUCCCACUUCUGACCUUGAGGUUCCUGAUGAUGGAAAUCUAGUCUCAGGGUAUGUAUCAAAUUCCAUAUCUUGUAAGUUCUCAUUGGAGGAGUUUGAGGAAUUGAAAUCAGAGAAGGAUAGAUUGGCCGUGGACCUAGCAAGAUAUACCGAGAACUUGGAGAUUACAAAAUCGCAGUUACAGGAAACUGAGCACCUUCUAGCAGAUGCUAAAUCACAAUUAGCAUCUGCUCAAAAGUCAAACAGCCUGUCUGAGACACAGCUGAAAUGUAUGGCGGAGUCGUACAGAUCGCUUGAAGCACAUGCAGCAGAGUUAGAAACUGAGCUGAACUUUUUGCGAGCUAAAACAGAAACAUUGGAAAAUGAGCUACAUGGGGAAAAGAAGAGUCAUCAGGAUGCUCUUGCCAGAUGUGGGGAACUUCAACAACAAUUGCAAAGGAAUGGGAGCUGCUCUGUUUGUGCUUCAGAAGCCGAUAUUGAUCUCAAGACCAAACAGGACACAGAGUUAGCAGCUGCCGCAGAGAAGCUAGCGGAGUGUCAGGAAACCAUUUUUCUUCUUGGCAAGCAGUUGAAAUAUUUGCGUCCUCAAACAGAGCUUAUUGGAUCUCCUUACAGCGAGAGGAGUCAGAGGGGUAUGGAGACUGAACCUGCUAGUAGCAUGAACUUGCAAGACUCUGAUCUAGCUGAAAUGGACACUGCUGCUUCUGCCAAUGUGCAAAACCUUGGUGGCGAGUCUCCCAUUGACUUGUAUAGUUCGCCAUGUAGCCCGUCCGAUACGGAGGGAAACCAUCACCAAAGGUCACCGAUCAGCUCAAAGCAUCAUCCAAAACACCGGGCCACCAAGUCAACCUCCUCGUCAUCUUCUUCCGCCCCGACUCCUGAGAGACAUUCGCGUGGAUUUACCAGGUUCUUCUCCUCGAAAGCAAAGAACGGUCAUUAGGCUUGCAGCUCGCAGGCAGAAUAAUGAUUGUACGUUGAAGUGGUCAUUUAGUAAUAAUAAUAUUUAGAAGCACCAAGAUGGAGGAGCUCUAUCAUCUACGAUAUUAGAAAUCAGAUUUUGAGGGUUUUGUGGAGCUUUUUUCUGCGAGGUUGCUUUCCAAACAUCACGUAAUUUUUGUAACAAAUGGACUGUACAUGAUAUAUCCAUAUAUGUGAAUUUGUUUUCUUUUA